UGCCUGAGCUUCUGAGCGAGCGCGGUGCUUUCGGGAACGCGGGACCGGCGACCCGCGGCGCCAGGAGCUGGGCCGAGGCGCGCCGGCGCGGCUGCCGGCUGCCGUCUGGAUGGGAAGUUACCGCGAAGUCCACCCAGCGUUUCUGAGGCUGGUGAUGGGCAAGCCAGGUGUGCCAGGUCCAGGAUGCACAUGAGGAGCGUUUGUAGCCAGCACUGAAUCGCCUCCUGACUAGCGGGGCAAGCCUCAAAUGAACCGCAGGAUUUUGGGCUGGAGUACAGUGGUGCCAUCAUAGCUCACUAACCUCUAACUGAAGGCUCAAGGAAUCCUCCUGCCUCAUCCUCCCAAGUAGCUGAGACUAUAAGCAAUCUGAAGGCAAAUCCUGUUUAGACCCAGGCGAAGGUUCCUGGUGACCCAGGCUCUCACCAGCCAGUUGUCCCUUGCCGUCCUCCUGAGGGUGUCUGGAGUUUCAGUGCUGUGUGUUCUUGGCCUCCACACUGGGGAUGCCACCGACUCCCACUGUCCAGGGCUUCCAGUGGACUCUCCAAGGCCCUGAUGUAGAAACUUCCCCAUUCGGUGCCCUAAGAGCAGCCUCACAUGGUGUGAGCUGACAUCAAGAGCUGCCAGAUCCAACAGUCCCUGGCCCCACCUCUUCUGCCACAAACGUCAGCAUGGUGGUAUCUGCCGGCCCUUGGUCCAGUGAGAAGGCAGAGAUGAACAUUCUAGAAAUCAACAAGAAAUCGCACCCCCAGCUGGUAGAGAACAAACAGGAGUUCAGAAACCUCCAACAGAAAUUUCUUGUAACUCAAGUGGCGUACUUCCUGGCCAACGGGCAGAAUAAUUACAAGUAUGAAGACUGCAAAGACCUCAUAAAGUCUAUGCUGAGGGAUGAGCGGAUGUUCGUGGAAAAGGAGUUUACAGAGCAGCUCAGGUGAGGAGGCCCCGUGGGGGCAGGCAGGCAAUAUGAAGUCCUGGUUUUCUCUCGGGAACGGGAGCUGACCCAGUUAAGCGUGAAGUUACGGGAAGGGAGAGAUGCCGCCCGCUCAUUGAUUCGGCAUCUCCAGGCCCUUCUCACUCCGGAUGAGCCGGACGAGUCCCAGGGGUGGGACCUCCGAGAACAGCUGGCUGAGGGUUGUAGGCUGGCACAGCACCUCGUCCAAAAGCUCAGCCCAGCAACUGCCGAAGAUGAGGAUGAAGAUGUUAAAGUUGAGGAGGCUGAGAAAGUAGAGGAAUUAUGUGCCCCCAGGGAGGUGCAGAGGGCUGAAGAACAGGAAGUCCCUGAGGACUCACUGGAGGAAUGUGCCGUCACUUGUUCCAAUAGCCACGGCCCUUGUGAGUCCAGCCAGCCUCACGGGAACACCGAAAUCACAUUUGAGGAAGACCAAGUCGACCCACCUCUAGUUGUAGACAGUGCGUCCUCUGGUGAUGAACGGCCGGAUGCUCCAAACCUUCUCCCAGUCCCUGGCCCCACCUCUUCUGCCACAAAGGUCAGCAUGGUGGUAUCUGCGGGCCCUUGGUCCAGUGAGAAGUCAGAGAUGAACAUUCUAGAAAUCAACAAGAAAUCGCGCCCCCAACUGGUAGAGAACAAACAGGAGUUCAGAAACCUCCAACAGAAAUUUCUUGUAACUCAAGUGGCCUACUUCCUGGCCAAUGGGCAGAAUAAUUACGAGUAUGAAGACUGCAAAGACCUCAUGAAGUCUACGCUGAGGGAUGAGCGACUGUUCACGGAAGAGGAGCUUUCGGAGAAGCUCAGGUGAGGGGGCCCCGUGGGGGCAGGCAGGCAAUACGAAGUCCUGAUUUUCUCUCGGGAACGGGAGCUGACCCAGUUAAGCGUGAAGUUGCGGGAAGGGAGAGAUGCCGCCCGCUCAUUGAUUCGGCAUCUCCAGGCCCUUCUCACUCCGGAUGAGCCAGACGAGUCCCAGGGGUGGGACCUCCGAGAACAGCUGACUCACGGAUGUUGGCUGGCACAGCACCUCGUCCAAAAGCUCAGCCCAGCAACUGCCGAAGAGGAGGAUGGAGAUGUUAACGUUGAGGAGGCUGAGAAAGUAGAGGAAUUAUGUGCCCCCAGGGAGGUGCAGAGGGCUGAAGAACAGGAAGUCCCUGAGGACUCACUGGAGGAAUGUGCCGUCACUUGUUCCAAUAGCCACGGCCCUUGUGAGUCCAGCCAGCCUCACGGGAACACCGAAAUCACACUUGAGGAAGACCAAGUCGACCCACCUCUAGUUGUAGACAGUGCGUCCUCUGGUGAUGAACGGCCGGAUGCUCCAAACCUUCUCCCAGAGCCUGAAGACUGCAAAGACCUCAUGAAGUCUACGCUGAGGGAUGAGCGGCGGUUCACGGAAGAGGAGCUUUCGGAGCAGCUCAGGCAAUACGAAGUCCUGAUUUUCUCUCGGGAACGGGAGCUGACCCAGUUAAGCGUGAAGUUGCGGGAAGGGAGAGAUGCCGCCCGCUCAUUGAUUCGGCAUCUCCAGGCCCUUCUCACUCCGGAUGAGCCAGACGAGUCCCAGGGGUGGGACCUCCGAGAACAGCUGACUCACGGAUGUUGGCUGGCACAGCACCUCGUCCAAAAGCUCAGCCCAGCAACUGCCGAAGAGGAGGAUGGAGAUGUUAACGUUGAGGAGGCUGAGAAAGUAGAGGAAUUAUGUGCCCCCAGGGAGGUGCAGAGGGCUGAAGAACAGGAAGUCCCUGAGGACUCACUGGAGGAAUGUGCCGUCACUUGUUCCAAUAGCCACGGCCCUUGUGAGUCCAGCCAGCCUCACGGGAACACCGAAAUCACACUUGAGGAAGACCAAGUCGACCCACCUCUAGUUGUAGACAGUGCGUCCUCUGGUGAUGAACGGCCGGAUGCUCCAAACCUUCUCCCAGUCCCUGGCCCCACCUCUUCUGCCACAAACGUCAGCAUGGUGGUAUCUGCCGGCCCUUGGUCCAGUGAGAAGGCAGAGAUGAACAAUCUAGAAAUCAACAAGAAAUCGCACACCCAGCUGGUAGAGAACAAACAGGAGUUCAGAAACCUCCAACAGAAAUUUCUUGUAACUCAAGUGGCCUACUUCCUGGCCAACGGGCAGAAUAAUUACAAGUAUGAAGACUGCAAAGACCUCAUAAAGUCUAUGCUGAGGGAUGAGCGGCUAUUCAUGGAAAAGGAGUUUGCAGAGCAGCUCAGGCUACUAUCUCACCUUAGGCAAUAUGAAGUCCUGGCUCACUCUCAGGAACAGGAGCUGACCCAGUUAAGCGUGAAGUUACGGGAAGGGAGAGAUGCCUCCUGCUCAUUGAGUCGGCAUCUCCAGGCCCUUCUCACUCCGGAUGAGCCGGACGAGUCCCAGGGGUGGGACCUCCAAGAACAGCUGGCUGAGGGAUGUUGGCUGGCACACCUCCUCAUCCAAAAGCUCAGCCCAGCAACUGCCGAAGACGAGGAUGGAGAUGUUAACGUUGAGGAGGCUGAGAAAGUAGAGGAAUUAUGUGCCCCCAGGGAGGUGCAGAGGGCUGAAGAACAGGAAGUCCCUGAGGACUCACUGGAGGAAUGUGCCGUCACUUGUUCCAAUAGCCACGGCCCUUGUGAGUCCAACCAGCCUCACGGGAACACCAAAAUCACAUUUCAGGAAGACCAAGUCGACCCACCUCUAGUUGUAGACAGUGCGUCCUCUGGUGAUGAACGGCAGGAUGCUCCAAACCUUCUCCCAGUCCCUGGCCCCACCUCUUCUGCCACAAAGGUCAGCAUGGUGGUAUCUGCGGGCCCUUGGUCCAGUGAGAAGGCAGAGAUGAACAUUCUAGAAAUCAACAAGAAAUCGCGCCCCCAGCUGGUAGAGAACAAACAGGAGUUCAGAAACCUCCAACAGAAAUUUCUUGUAACUCAAGUGGCCUACUUCCUGGCCAAUGGGCAGAAUAAUUACGAGUAUGAAGACUGCAAAGACCUCAUAAAGUCUAUGCUGAGGGAUGAGCGGAUGUUCGUGGAAAAGGAGUUUACAGAGCAGCUCAGGUGAGGAGGCCCCGUGGGGGCAGGCAGGCAAUACGAAGUCCUGAUUUUCUCUCGGGAACGGGAGCUGACCCAGUUAAGCGUGAAGUUACGGGAAGGGAGAGAUGCCGCCCGCUCAUUGAUUCGGCAUCUCCAGGCCCUUCUCACUCCGGAUGAGCCGGACGAGUCCCAGGGGUGGGACCUCCGAGAACAGCUGGCUCACGGAUGUUGGCUGGCACAGCAGCUCGUCCAAAAGCUCAGCCCAGCAACUGCCGAAGAGGAGGAUGGAGAUGUUAACGUUGAGGAGGCUGAGAAAGUAGAGGAAUUAUGUGCCCCCAGGGAGGUGCAGAGGGCUGAAGAACAGGAAGUCCCUGAGGACUCACUGGAGGAAUGUGCCGUCACUUGUUCCAAUAGCCACGGCCCUUGUGAGUCCAGCCAGCCUCACGGGAACACCGAAAUCACACUUGAGGAAGACCAAGUCGACCCACCUCUAGUUGUAGACAGUGCGUCCUCUGGUGAUGAACGGCCGGAUGCUCCAAACCUUCUCCCAGAGUCCGAAGACUACAAAGACCUGGUGAAGUCUACGCUGAGGGAUGAGCGGCUGUUCACGGAAGAGGAGCUUUCGGAGCAGCUCAGGCAAUACGAAGUCCUGAUUUUCUCUCGGGAACGGGAGCUGACCCAGUUAAGCGUGAAGUUACGGGAAGGGAGAGAUGCCGCCCGCUCAUUGAUUCGGCAUCUCCAGGCCCUUCUCACUCCGGAUGAGCCGGACGAGUCCCAGGGGUGGGACCUCCGAGAACAGCUGGCUCACGGAUGUUGGCUGGCACAGCAGCUCAUCCAAAAGCUCAGCCCAGGACAUUGGCAUGAUCAAGUGAAAAAGGAGGACCAAGAGGCCACAGGUCCCUGGCUCAGCAGGGAGCUACUGGAUGAGAAAGAGUCUGAAGUCUUGCAGGACUCACUGGAUAGAUUUUAUUCAACUCCUUCUGGGUAUGUGGAACUGCCUGACUUAUGCCAGCCCUACAGAAGUGCAUUUUACUCAUUGGAGGAGCAACACCUUGGCUUGGCUCUUGAUGUGGACAGAAUUAAAAAAGACCAAGAAGAGGAAAAAGACCAAGGCCCACAGUGCCCCAGGCUCAGCAGAGAGCUGCUGGAGGUAGUAGAGCCUGAGGACUUGCAGGACUCACUGGAUAGAUGUUAUUCGACUCCUUCCAGUUAUCUAGAACAGCCUGAUUCAUGGCAGCCCUACGGAAGUUCCUUUUACUCAUUGGAGGAAGAACACAUUGGCUUUUCUCUUGAUGUGGAUGAAAUUGAAAAGUACCAAGAAGGGGAAGAAGAUCAAAACCCACCAUGCCCCAGGCUCAAUGGGGUGCCGAUGGAAGCAGAAGAACCUGAAGUCUUGCAGGACUCACUGGAUAGAUUUUAUUCAACUCCUUCAACUUACUCUGAACUACAUGCCUCAUUCCAUCACUGCAGAAGUGACUUUUACUCAUUUGAGGAAGAGCACGUCAGCUUGGCCCUUGACAUGGACAAUAGGUUUUUUACUUUGACGGUGAUAAGGCACCACCUGGUCUUCCAGAUUGGAGGCAUAUUCCCACACUAAGCAGCCCUUACUAAGCUGAGAGAUGUCAUUGCUGCAGGCAGGACCUGUAGGCACAUGUAGGUUUGAAUGAAACUGUAGUUCCCUUUGGAAGCCCAGACAAAAGUUUUUAAUUGUCUACAUUAAAAUAAUUUUGGACAAAAAGUAAAACUCAAUAGGAUGGGAAAGUGGGCAUGGCUCUAUUCCUAUUCUCAGACCAUGCCAGUGGCCACCUGUGCUCAGUCUGAAGACAUUGGACCCAAAUUAGGUGUGACACGUUCACAUGACUGUAGCACAUGCCGGGAGUGAUCUGCCAGACAUUCUGAUUUGAACCAGAUAUCUCUGGGUAGCUACAAAGUUCCUCAGGGAUUUCAUUUUGCAGGCAUGUCUCAGCUUCUACAUCUGCUCAAGGUCAGUGUCAUCUUUGUGUUUAGCUCAUCCAAAGGUGUCACCCUGGUUUCAAUGAACCUAACCCCAUUCUUUGUAUCUUCAGUGUUGGUUUGUUUUAGCUGAUCCAUCUGUAACACAGGAGGGAUCCUUGGCUGAGGAUUAUAUUUCAGAGCCACUGACUGCUCUUGACAAUUGUUAACCCACUAGCCUCCUUUGAUUGGAGAAGCCAUGGUCCUUCAGCCUCCAAUUGAUAUCAAUACUUAGGAAGACCACAGCUAGAUGGACAAACAGCAUUGAGAGGCCUUAGCCCUGCUCCUUUCAAUUCCAUCCUGUAAGAAACAGGAGUCAGGAGCCACUGGCAGGGGACAGCAUGUCACCUGGGACUCUGCCGGUGCAGAAUAUGAACAAUGCCAUGUUCUUGCAGAAAACGCUUAGCCUGAGUUUCAUAGGAGGUAAUCACCAGACAACUGCAGAAUGUAGAACACUGAGCAGGACAACUGACCUGUCUCCUUCACACAGUCCACGUCACCACGAAUCACACAACAAAAAGGAGGAGAGAUAUUUUGGGUUCAAAAAAAGUAAAAAGAUAAUGUAGCUACAUUUCUUUAGUUAUUUUGAACCCCAAAUAUUUCCUCCUCUUUUUGUUGUUGUCAUUGAUUGUGGUGACAUGGACUUGUUUCUAGAGGACAGGUCAGCUGUCUGGCUCAAUGGUCUACAUUCUGAAGUUGUCUGAAAAUGUCUUCAUGAUUAAAUUCAGCCUAAACGUUUUGUCAAGAGCACUGCAGAGUCAAUACUGUGAGUUUCCAACCUCAGCCCAAAUGUGGGCAGAGAAGGUCAAGUUUGUCCAUCAGCACUAUCAUGCUAUCAGGACUGGUUACUUGGUUAAGGAGGGGUCUAAGAGAUCUAUCCCUUUCAGAGACACCUUACUUAUAAUGAAGUAUUUGGGAAAGUGGUUUUUAAAAGUAUCAAUGUCUUGUAUUCCAAUGAUCAUCCUCUAAACAUUUUAUCAUUUAUUAAUCAUCCCUGCCUGUGUCUAUUAUUAUAUUCAUAUCUCUACACUGGAAAUUUUCUGUCUCAAUUUUUACUGUGCCUUUGUUUUCGCUUGUGUCUGUUGUUGAAAAAAAAUUCUCUGCCUGAGUUUUAAUUUUUGUCCAAAGUUAUUUUAAUCUAUACAAUUAAAAACUUUUGCCUAUCACUCUGGACUGUUGGAUUGGUUUUUAUAUUCAGUGUUAUAAUCUUUUGUUAUGCUGAUUGGUUUUGGUGGGUACUGAUGCGAAUUAAUAAAAACAUUUUCAUUUCCCUGUUUA